UAGUUUGAUAAACUGUGGACCAAUUAAAGAAAUCGCGAGUUAGCAUUCGACUGUAUACUGGGUGACAUGUUUUUCAUUUUCUUGCUUUUCCUGGCUACAACCGAUGGCGAUCCGGGACUUAGCUUCGAUUUCAAUUACCCAGACGUAAAAGAGGAUUUAUUCGACCAACCCGUCAAUAUGAUGUCCGCGAAGAAGAUACCACAUGAAAAGGUCGGUUCGGACAGUUCCACCACAUCAGACCCAUGGGCACCUUACGACUUCUCGAAGUUUGACGAAUAUUUGGCGAAGACUGGUGAAGGUGACAGCAAUAGAGUCAAAAGACGUGCUAAGCGACGACGUGGUCACAGCAGAAGAAAGAACAGAGUUAGAAGCACUCCAGCUGUCACAGAAGAUCACGAUAUGAGUAACGGGUCUACCACAGAUAUACCAAUAGCCCGUCGUGCUAGUAAUGACUGGGACUCGCAGCAGCUGAAGAAGAGAAAGAAGAAAAGAAGGCAGAACCAGAAACCAAAAUAUGACACUUAUGAACCACCAGCUAAGGAAUAUGAGUCAACUUUUAUUGAGAUGCCAAAAGAUCUUUACCAGGCCCAUCUGAGACCCGGCGUGAUCUUCCGAAUUCACAUGUCUGAAGCCAUUCUGAAGAUGCAAUAUAGAAAUUACGGCGAAGACAAGGACGAAUCGGUGAUAGAAGCUGACGUGGAAUACCUGAGACUCACGCGCAAAGUGAUCAAUGAUGAGAUCACCAAGUUUGAAGACCUGAAGUGGCUCAUCGGAUGGUUCAACAAUCGUUCAGAACUGAUACAGGAACACACGUGUAAUACUAGAUAUUAUGCUGUUGGUGUACCGCCAACGAUGUUCACACACUCCGAGGAAUAUAUGAAAAGGCUGUGUCUGUUUGACAACGUGUAUAUCGACCACAUACCAUACGUGAUCGGCGAAGACGGAUCCCUUCUGGCCAGUGUCGCCCCACCCGUUCUGCAUUGUGACGCCGCGACCUGCACAUCUGUGCCUUUUAUUGACAGUAUAAUGUUCGACGAGCGAUACCCUAGAAGCAAUGUCCGAACUGUAACACGUUGUCAAGCGAGCUGUCGUGCCCACUGUAGAAACGAUCCGGACUGUCUAAAACGCUGCUCUGACCGCUGUAUGCGCGCUGAAUAAAAUUUCGCUAAUUCA